UUUAACAAAGCAUUUUAAAUUGGGUUAAAGUUGUUUAACGUUCAUUUAACAAAAUGGACGAGCUGCAGCAACUAGAAUACCUCUCGUUGGUAUCGAAAAUCUGCACAGAGCUGGACAAUCAUUUGGGCAUAAAUGACAAGGAUCUGGCCGAGUUUAUAAUUGACAUGGAGGCAAAGCAUCGCAGCUAUGAGUCCUUUCGCAAGGCGCUUCUAGAUAAUGGCGCCGAGUUUCCCGAUUCCCUGGUGCAAAAUCUGCAACGAAUCAUAAAUCUUAUGCGACCUGGCAGAACCGGCGAAAGCGAUUCCAAAUCAUCAUGGAAUGAAAUAGACAGCAAAGAUGACAAAAAGACACAGCUGAUGAAAAUGUUUCCCGGUCUGGCGAUGCCUAAUGAUAAGUAUAGCAAACAGGUGGAAGAGGAGCAAAAGGAAGAGACGAAGCAAAAGGAGGAAUCGAAGCACAAACCCGAUAUGAGUGAUGUGGAUGCAGCUAUGAUGGAGUUGGAGGCAUUGGCGCCAGGCGAAAAACAAAGCGAGCCCAAAGAGAAGAAGGAUAGCAGAAGGAGAGAACGCUCCAGCUCUAGAGAUCGACAUAAACGCAAAGAGCGUGAGCGCAGUCGCAGCAGAGAACGUGAGCGGGAUCGAGACCGCGAUAGGGAACGUGUACGGGAUCGCGAGCGCGACAGAGAUCGUGAACGCGAUCGAGAGCGCGAUAGAGAUCGUCAUAGGGACAAGGAGAGGGAUAGGGAUCGCGAUCGCGAUCAUCGGCGACGCAGCAGAUCACGCGAAGAUCAUCGCCGUCGUCGCUCCAGCUCUCGCGGACGUCAUGAAAAAAGACGACGCUCACGUUCUCGCUCUCCUGGCUCGCGCUCGCACAGCAGUCGACAGCAGGAGAAGAUGCCGCCACCUGCAGCAGUAAUGACUGAUGAUCCCGAGGCUGGCAAGAUUUACUCUGGCAAAGUAGCCAAUAUAGUUCCUUUUGGUUGCUUUGUGCAAUUGUUUGGUCUACGCAAACGCUGGGAGGGCUUAGUGCACAUUUCACAGCUGCGCGCCGAGGGACGUGUCACAGAUGUUACGGAGGUGGUGCAGCGCAAUCAAACUGUUAAGGUGAAAGUUAUGUCGCUUACAGGCCAAAAGGUGUCGCUCUCUAUGAAGGAGGUGGACCAGGAGAGUGGACGUGAUUUGAAUCCGUUAUCACAUGAGCCCGAGGAAGAUCCUAUGGAGCUGCGUGAUCGUAAUCCAGAUGGGCCCUACAGCAGCACUUCCAUACUGAAUCUACAAAGCAACAAUAUAGACGGAGAUGAGCAUGAAUCCCGCAAGCGAGUAACGCGCAUCAGCAGUCCAGAGCGCUGGGAGAUUAAGCAAAUGAUAAGCUCCGGCGUGCUGGAUCGGAGCGAGAUGCCGGACUUUGAUGAAGAGACGGGUCUGCUGCCCAAGGAUGAAGACGAUGAAGCAGAUAUAGAAAUUGAAAUAGUGGAGGAAGAGCCGCCAUUUCUUUCGGGGCAUGGCAGAGCACUACAUGAUUUGUCGCCUGUGCGCAUAGUUAAAAAUCCAGAUGGUUCGUUGGCGCAGGCAGCUAUGAUGCAGUCGGCGUUGUCCAAGGAGCGACGCGAACAGAAAAUGCUGCAACGCGAGCAGGAAAUGGAAGCGCUGCCCAGCAAUCUCAACAAGAACUGGAUAGAUCCAUUGCCAGAAGAUGACACCGCACGCCAUCUGGCGGCCAAUAUGCGUGGCAUGGGUGCUGCACCACAAGAAGUGCCCGAGUGGAAAAAGCACGUCAUAGGCGGCAAGAAAUCCAGUUUUGGCAAGAAAACCGACCUAACGCUGGUGGAACAACGUCAAUCCUUGCCCAUCUACAAGCUGCGCGAUGAUCUCAUCAAGGCAGUGACAGACAAUCAAAUUUUGAUUGUUAUUGGUGAAACGGGCUCCGGCAAGACGACACAGAUAACACAAUAUUUGGGUGAAUGUGGCUUCACUAAUCGUGGCAAGAUUGGCUGCACGCAGCCACGUCGUGUGGCUGCAAUGUCGGUGGCCAAGCGCGUGGCCGAGGAAUAUGGCUGUCGGCUGGGUCAGGAGGUGGGCUAUACUAUACGUUUUGAGGAUUGCACCAGUCCGGAGACGGUCAUCAAGUACAUGACAGACGGCAUGUUGUUGCGUGAGUGUCUCAUGGAGGCGGAGCUAAAGAGCUACUCGGUCAUUAUGUUGGACGAGGCACACGAGCGUACAAUACACACGGACGUGCUAUUUGGCUUGCUUAAAACUGCCGUGCAGAAGCGUCCGGAGCUGAAGCUUAUAGUAACCUCGGCUACCUUGGAUGCGGUAAAGUUCUCGCAGUAUUUCUUUGAGGCACCUAUUUUCACCAUACCCGGACGCACGUUUCCCGUAGAGGUGCUCUACACCAAAGAGCCGGAGACAGAUUAUCUAGAUGCUUCUCUCAUAACCGUUAUGCAAAUACAUUUGCGCGAGCCACCUGGCGACAUACUGCUCUUUCUCACUGGUCAGGAGGAAAUUGACACUGCCUGCGAAAUACUCUACGAGCGCAUGAAGAGUCUGGGCCCAGAUGUGCCUGAACUUAUUAUACUGCCUGUCUACUCCGCGCUGCCCUCAGAGAUGCAAACGCGCAUCUUUGAUCCUGCGCCCGCUGGCAGCCGCAAGGUUGUCAUUGCCACAAACAUUGCCGAAACCUCGCUCACCAUUGAUGGCAUUUUUUAUGUAGUGGAUCCUGGUUUUGUCAAGCAGAAAGUCUACAACUCCAAAACCGGCAUGGACUCUUUGGUGGUCACACCCAUUUCACAAGCGGCUGCCAAGCAGCGUGCUGGGCGCGCUGGACGCACAGGUCCUGGCAAAACAUAUCGUCUUUAUACGGAGCGUGCGUAUCGUGAUGAAAUGUUGCCCACGCCAGUGCCGGAAAUACAGCGCACCAAUCUGGCCACCACAGUGCUGCAGCUUAAGACCAUGGGCAUCAAUGAUUUGUUGCACUUCGAUUUCAUGGAUGCGCCACCUGUUGAGUCGCUAGUCAUGGCCUUGGAGCAGUUGCAUUCGCUGUCAGCACUAGAUGAUGAGGGUUUGCUUACGAGACUGGGCAGACGCAUGGCCGAGUUUCCCUUGGAGCCCAACUUAUCCAAAAUGUUGAUUAUGUCGGUGGCGCUGCAAUGCUCGGAUGAGAUUUUAACCAUAGUAUCCAUGCUGAGUGUGCAGAAUGUAUUCUACAGACCCAAGGAUAAACAGGCGUUGGCGGAUCAAAAGAAAGCCAAGUUCAAUCAGGCUGAGGGUGAUCAUCUGACGCUGCUUGCUGUCUACAAUAGCUGGAAGAACAACAAGUUUUCCAAUGCCUGGUGCUAUGAGAACUUUGUGCAAAUACGCACAUUAAAACGUUCACAGGAUGUGCGCAAACAGCUGCUGGGCAUCAUGGAUCGUCACAAGCUGGAUGUCGUCUCUGCGGGCAAGAACUCUGUGCGCAUACAGAAAGCAGUUUGCUCAGGUUUCUUUCGCAAUGCUGCCAAAAAGGAUCCACAGGAGGGUUAUCGCACUUUGGUUGACUCACAGGUGGUUUAUAUACAUCCUUCAAGCGCGCUGUUUAAUCGCCAGCCCGAGUGGGUUAUCUAUCACGAGCUGGUGCAAACUACCAAGGAAUAUAUGCGUGAGGUAACCACUAUUGAUCCCAAGUGGUUGGUAGAAUUUGCGCCCUCGUUCUUUCGCUUCUCCGAUCCUACCAAGCUCAGCAAGUUCAAGAAGAAUCAACGAUUGGAGCCGCUCUACAACAAAUACGAAGAACCCAAUGCAUGGCGUAUAUCGCGUGUGCGCCGACGUCGCAAUUAGUUUAAAUACUUCCAUUUCGCUUUACACUUUAAUAAACGCUAAGUUAACAAAUAAAAAUUAAAGCAA